AAGGGAAGGGAAGGAAACAGUCCCGCCUCCGAGACCGGCCAUUGGAAGUAAACAACGCACGUGGAGGAGCCGAGCCAUGGGGAAGAAGGGCAAGAGGUUCCUGGACAAGCGUCGCGAUGUGCUCCACACCUUCAAGGUUGUGUCGCGCAGCCAACGUGACCCCCUGGUGGCCGACCCCUCCGCCCCCCAGGCUGUGCUGCAACCCACAGAGGGUGAUGCCUCCGAAAAAUCAGAGCAGGAGAAAUACGGCAUCUUCUUCGACGAUGACUACAACUACCUCCAGCACCUGAGGGGGGUGAGGGAGGCUGUCAACUGGGACGACGAAGACCUGGAAGUGUACACCAUCCGCUGCGAAGACCCCCAGGCGGGCAAGAAAGAGCUGCGCGGCAAGAAGCUUCUCCUCCCGUCCUCCGCCUUUGAGUCCUUCGUCGAGGAACCCAUCGGACUACUGAACAAGGCCGCUCCCGUCACAGGUCCAAGGCCAGAGUUGGACCCCGACGUCGUUGCCGGACUAGAUGACGAUGACAUUUUCAACGACAACGCCGCGCUAGGGCCUGACGAUGACGAUGCUCUGCCCGACAACUUUGUGAUGAUGCUGAACGCCAAUGAACCUCCUGAUGGUGAUGAUGGGGAGUGGGAGGACUAUGAAGAGGAGGAGGAGGAUGAAGAGGGGGAGGGUGAAGAUGAUGGGGAGAUGCCAGCGCUGGAGGGGGAUGAGGACGGUUUGCAGACGUCCAGGAUUCAUGUUUAUGAUCUGCCCACGUCGUCCUUGGCGAAACUCAGUGCCUACCGGGAGAAGGCGCAGGACGAGGGGUACGACGCAGACGAGGAGGAGCGGGACUUCAGCAGCGACUUCAAUGACAGCGACGACGAGGGGAGGGACGUGUUGGCCAGCCUGGGCGGCCCCUUUGACUCCUCCUUCCACCACUCUCCCUCCCGCGGGUUUGAGGAGGAGGACACCAAGUCACACUUCACCAACUACUCCCUCACCUCUUCCGUCCUGCCCAGAAAAGACCUCCUCACCACCCUCGAUGAUUGCUUCGAAGAAAAGUUUGUCCGGGAGUACGGGGAGGAGCAGGUCGGGGCGCUGGACGGCGAGGACAUCGAGGGGUUCGUGGGCGAGGAGUCUCCACUGUUCCGCCAGGCCUUGCUGCACUCCAAGAAGAAGCUGCAGGACGAUACGCUUGAAGACCAGGACCGCAUCAUCAAGUGGAUCAAAGACAUGCAGGACCGACGAGGCAGCCAGGAGGACGAGGAGAAGGAGGAGGUUGAGCUGUGGGACGGUGCAGACCAUCCUAAAGAACGAUGGGACUGUGAGAGCAUCUUGACCCUCAACUCCACGCUCUACAACCACCCGCGCACCAUCACCGAUCCGCCCAGGCGCAAGAAAAUAGCUGUCGACCCACGCACUGGUGUACCCCUAAACAACCCUGAGGAGUAUGGGCUCAGCGGAUUGACACGGAGGAAUUUAGCGCAUCACGAUAAAGCGAAUGAUGGCAGUGGUGAGGGAGAGGCCCAGCCCGACACCCAGACCCUCAUCACCAGCAUGUCCGCCAUCUCCAUUCGGCCGCCGGGAGAGACGAGUGCCGAGCGACGCUGCCGGAAGAAAGCUCUCAAGGAACUGCGAAGGGAGAGACGCAUUGAGAAGAAGCUGAACCGAGCGGCAUUCAAGGACGAGAAGAAGAGGCAGGAGAAGAUCUUAAUGAACAACAGGUACAACAACAAGAUCUCCCUGGUGUGAGGCCUCGCUUGCACCCCAGAGCUGUCGACGCCACGAACGAGAGUAUUAAAUUAGAGUUUACUACAGACAGACAUACGGUACUCCUCACUGUGUUUAUUAUAUGCCGCACACACAUAGACAUACGUACACACACACACACACACGCACACAUAUACGCACACGGACGUCGCUAUAGAAGAGUAUUUAUAAUAACGUCUUUCUGUGAUCAUGUGUUACUGGAGCUAAUAGAACUAUACGUACAUACACACAUACAUGGAUACAUACACACAUACAGUUAGAUAGAUAUAGAGCCAUGCAUACCUACUAUACGUUGAUACAUACAUACACAUAUUGAUACAUACAUACAUACACACAUACACACUUAAAUAUUCAAAACUUUACUACUAUAUUGCUACAUUUUCCUCUCCUUUUUCCUUCUCCACUUCCUCCUACUCCUCCUUUCUUUUCAUUUUCCUCCUCCUCCUCCUCCUUGUCUAUACACACACACACACACACACACACACACACACACACACACACACACAAACAAACAAACAAAC